AUGGCUCCAGAAAUCGGACAUGUAGAACCAAUAGACGAUAAACCUAAAUCUCCGAAAAUUAUAGAGAAAUUAGUGAGUGAUGAAGCUGGAUCUGUAAAUAAUGAGCCCGAGAUAUCUCCCGACUUACCUGCAAAGGAUGAACUAAAAUCCAGCGAUGAAGAAACUCCCCAGCAGAUAUCAUGCCCACCCGGAUAUUUGACCCGGAAGCAACGAGAGGUACGUCUUCGUAAAAAAGCCAUCGAACUUGGUGAGGAUCCUCACAAAUUCGUUACUAUUACUGAAAAAG